AUUCCCAAGAAAAUAAUCAAGAUGAGUCAAAGGCUCGAAACUCUGCUUCCAGAAGCUGAAGUAAGUAUAUUACAGGUAAAUACAUCUAACCACCUUGCGACCGCCUCUAACGAUAAAUCUCGACCUCCUAUCUCUAUUUUACCCGAUGACCCAAAACAUGUUAUCAAAAUGGUAUUGGAGCGUUUUUCUCAUUUAUCUUUAAAAUAUAGUAAUGAAUAA